AUGUAUGUUCUUGCGAUUCAUCAUUCGUCUGGAGACUUGAAGGGAUUGACUCCGUCUCAUUGUGGUCCUCCCAAAUGGACGACUCCAAACACAUUAAAACAUUACUUUCUCCUUCACGACAUCGCGGAAGAUGAUGAGGCUAAAACCACUGCAGUUUUCAAAGAAAUGUGCACCACGUACGGAAUGGAUUCCUGCCAAAUGUUACGGAUUGGUGAUGGGACACCAACGGAAGAUUUGCCGAAUGUUUGGCAUGAUAGCCAAGAGUUGGAUGCUAUUCUAAACGUUGGAUUACGCCGUGCUCUCCAGCAUGCCGCCGCUUCGGCGAUGGCCCAACAGUCAGCUGAUCGGAAACCAAGUGCCCCUGGCGUAUCCACAAUUUCCCCAUCAUACGCUGUUGUUCAGUCUUUCACCUUGCCAUCCACAGCCAUUAACGGCUAUCCAGGUAAUAAGCUGUACUCAAGCAUUGACGGAAUCGUCUCUUUCACUCUGUUCUGUUUAGGGAAUGGACAACCUUUGAUCAUAAGGGGCAAUGCAAUAUCAGCUGCUGAUAGAGGAACUUUAAAAAACGUCACACUAAAGUUUCUCAGAGACUGUUUGAUUCCUCAUGUAGAAAGAUUAAUGCGCACAUUGCUCGAGCAGUUAGCUGCUAGACGAGGUUUGAUAGGGAAAUCGUUAACGAGCGGAAUGAAGAAAUGGUUCGGUGGCAGUUCGGCUGGGAAUUUACAAACGUUAUCUUCUGUCAGUUUUCAACCAGAAAGUCUGGAAAUGCAAAGUCGACGAUUAGCUGACUUGGCUUUUUUGUUUGGACUGUUCUCUUUCGCACACUCACACUACCGAUCAGUCAAAAAGGAUUUUGAACAUAGCCAGGCUUGGCUCUACCAUGCUGCAGCUUCGGAAAUGGCUGCCGUUGCACUGUAUUUAUCCGAUAACAGGAUAUCGCCGAAGCAGUUUCCACGACAUUACUUUGAAGUAGCGCUUGAAAACCAACUCACCUUCUCAGGCAAGUACACGAGUGUAAUGCGAUGCGCUUUGAACGCGUCUGUAGUUCUGAGCAAAUUAUCGAUGUUCAAGGAGGCUGCAACUCUUCUUUCAACAGUGUCCAGCUUGGAUAAUGAUAUGUGCGUGGCGGUAACUCAAGCGCAUGCUUCUCGGAAUUUCGAGGAGGCAAAAAUGACAAGAAAAGCUGCUUUUUAUCGGAUUCUCGCUGGAAAUCGUUUUAUGAAAGCGGGUCUCAAGCAGAACGCUUUAGAAUGCUAUAGUCAAGCUCUGCGUAAAUAUGCCAACACAAAUUGGGAUUCUAUCGAAGACCACCUAUCAACGAUCUUAUCAGCUGAAGCAUCUGAUAAAAUUUUGGCAGUUGCUUGUGCAGUUCGACUUUUGAGAGAAAGCACAAUUCAAACCGAAACCAAUCAUGCUGCUUUUCUUGACAAUUUUAUCGAGACGUUGACACGUUUUGGUGCAAGCAGUGAGUCAGAGCCGUUUGCUUUGCCUGUUCCCUUGCUGGACGUGCAGUCUACACGGGUGAUUUGUGGGGAACGGCCACAGUCAGAUGAUGUACCUCUCCAUAAGGACAUUGCAUGGGUUGACAUUGAACGUGCUGCUUACCAUACAUUAGCCGGCUCUUCUGCGGCUUUUCGUCCUACUCAUCUUGUAAGUGACGACGAAACUGACAACCAGAGAAUACGAAAUACUCCACCGUAUGAAAGAUUUCGGGUUGAAGUUCAUCUCCACAACCCACUGAAAACAUCGUUGACUGUCCAAAACGUGAGACUUGGUAUCGUGGAUGUUCAGAUGAAAGAAGGCUGUGAGAACAAUGAGCCUUUCGAUGGACAGGAAGUGCUAUCGUCUCUUACGUUCUUGCCGGAAGAGUCAAAAAAGAUUGAGCUGUGGGUGCGUCCCUCCCGCUAUGUUCACGGUUUUCGUGUCGGGAGCUUGCUUUUGGAUAUAUCGGGAUCCAACGGGUCAUUCAUCUUCGGUACACUGCCUAUGAACGUUAGAGGGAAAAGACUGAAUAAGAACCCGAAGCAGAUGAAGUCUGUGGUACAUGCCGUGGAUGAGCGUUUGCGAAUACACGUAGCGCAGAAGCAGUGGCCUCUUUUGGAUUUUCGGGUUGCUCGGAAAAACCAACCUCAAGUGUACUGUGGACAAGCUGUUACACUAAAUGUUGAAGUCGAAAAUAUUGGCAAAGAGCUAGUGAACGGAUUUUGUCUAGCAACCGAUGGUUUGGAUUGCGUCUGUGUUUCAUUGGUGGAUGUAAAUGGGAGGAAGUUGACUGUGACGGUUCGGGCACCGGCAUCACCCGACAUGGAGUCGGACAUCGGCUUGGUAUUUUACUAUCGUGGUGAAAAUCUCACAUACCGUCAAUGGCAAACAGUAGUCUCACUGCAUCCAGUUCCAUUGUUUGAAGCUUCGGCAGUCCUACUUGACGAGGUUCACGGCAUUGCUGCGAUCAACAUGCGGAAUGUGAUGCCUUCCAAUGAUGCAGCUCUUGCUCGCUGCGAAGUUUCACGCGUUCGUCUUGUGUGCCAAAAUGUGAACGAGAAAGGGUUUUGGAGUGAAGCUUGA